AUGACUGCUGAAUCGCCCCUCACCUGGCAAUCGAUAACGUUGGAACAAAUCCCGAAGUUGCAUCUAUGGCAAUUGAUCGAGCUUUCUGAGGCACGAAAGCGAGACCUGAAGGCCGAAAAUGUUGCUGAUCGUGCUAAACAGAGAGGCAGUUUUGAAGAUCAGUCUGCACAGCACGGCACGCCUACCACGAACGACAACGUCAAUUCUCGACUAGAACCAAGAGUUGCAGAGUGCUCGACGGCGGGUCCGUCGCGUUCUCCAAAACGAUCUGUAAAAGGACAUCCUUAUUCUCGUUCAGCGAGAGGUAAAACAUCAAAUAGGAAAGCCGUUAUUGCAGAGGGUCGAUCCCCAACUUCUGUCGCAUUAAAUUCGACGUCCGGAUCUGGUUACAAUGACGCAGCACAAGAAGAAGCUAUCCGAGAAAUUCUAGAGGUCAUCAAUCAAUACAACAAAGAAUUGACCGAACUGGAAAACCAGCAUAAUGACGUCCUACAGACUGCAGUCAAUGCCCGUCUCAUUUCAGCUCGGCUCAAAGAGAAGAUUUUAUUCGAACGUAAGAAGACAGACAAGCUUGUGGGCUUCUUGACGAGAUGGCAGAAGAGUCAUCUAGGGUCCAGCUUUGAUGAACUACCCGUUGAAGAGCCGUUGGAACCUGAGCAUGCCAUCGAUGAAGAGUUGGGCGCGGACAUGCUAGCACGCUUGAAACGCGAUUUUGAAAAGGUCCUGACGAAGAAGCAAUUUAGCCAGCUCAAGCGACGUUUUGUAGCGGUCGAACAGAAAAAGAAGAGACAACAAUCCAGGAAAGGCAAAGAGAAAGAUUCUGGUCAUGACGAAGCUUCUGCCGUUCGUAAUAAGGGCAAAGGGAAAGGAAAAGCAAAGGAAGUUGAUAUGUCUGCUUUGAGUCCUGCCGCGAAGAAACGACUAGUCUCCGACUACUUGAAAGAAAACCCUGCUAUACUCCGCUCUAUCGAAGAAUCUGACUUGAACCUUGCCAUAGAGAGAUCACGCAAUGAUAUUCUCAAUGGUGGCCGCAGUGGUGGCAAUAGCUCUGGUCAUGCCGGGGCCAGUGGAAGCCGAGCUCACUCACCUAAAGCCAGUGGAAGUGGUACUCGACGACUGGACAAUGUCGUGGAACGUGGGAGAGGCAUCGAUGCAGUAGAUGAAGAACACCCCCGUAAGCGCCGACGAAUCCACCUUGACACCUCGGAGCCCUCCCCUCCCAAAGACUCCUCGCCCCCUUCUUUCCUGGCAAAGACCCUUUCGUUCGCUCGAUAUUUGUUUGUCACCAAGUCGGAUGAUUUCAACGAUGCUGCUCAGGAGCCUGACACAAGAAUAUCUAAUAUUUAA